AUGGCAGAGCCAGAAAGUGAGCCCAACGCGACGUUUGAACUAGAGCUGUUUCUUCCGGGAAGGCCACUCUUGCCGAAAGAUGUCAAGUCACUUGGCCUUCCUGAGACUCCGCCGUCUCUCAAGGUUGCUGUGACGCAGCACGAGACAUUGAACGAUCUACGCAUCACAUUAAACGACAGCCCAGAGGGCUACUGGCUCGGCGCUUUUCGCUUCCGACGUCCCGACUCACAUACACGGAAGGGAGAGCUCGUCAAUGAGUGGGAGGAGCUACAGGAGGUUUUCCGUCACGAUGCUCCUCAUGACAGGAUCUUGCAAGUAUCGCACGAACCUUACAAUGAGACCGAGGUCCGUCUGCAUAUCCAGCGCCUGCGGGAUCUACUUUCUGGGACUCAGUCCGACCCGGCAAGUGUGAGUGUCGACGCCGGUGCUACUGUGCAUGAUGCCAUUGUGCACGCGAACGAAUGGGCACAUGAUGCGCAUAUGCCGGCUCCUCCGAAGCCUUCCUGGCGCGGAUGGCCACAAGACGGCACAGCACAGCUCCUUCCUGCUCUCGCCCGCUACCCACGUGUGCUCCCCAAGUGUGUGCGUGGCAUGGCUUUAAGCGCUUGGAAUCCACCCCCAAAGUCGUGGGCGCUCCGGGGCCAUCUCUUGUACCUCAGCAUCGACACAUUAGAAGGUGAUGUACUUCAUAUCACCGCCAGUGUGAAUGGCUUCUUUUUGAAUGCAUCAUCUUCGCAGAAGUUCCAGCCGCAGCCGCAUCCGUCAAAAGCAUUGCACUCGUCCUCACUUUUUGAUCUGCUAUGCGCUGCAUCGCCGUUGUUCCUCCAAAACUUCGCACUUCUGUUCAACGACCCAGUAUCUACUCGGGACUACUUCUCUGCGCUGCCUGUAAUGAACUCUUUACCGGCGGCUCCAUGGCUGGCUCGAGAACCGAAGCACGAAUCAGACCCAAUGCGCACACAGACUGCAUUCUUGCUUACGGGCGCUAUGUCUGCGGACACGCUCGAUGGAAGUCGCGAUUGGAACGAGGAGCUCCAAUCGUCGAGGGAGCUUCCUCGUUCUUCCCUUGCCGAACGCCUCAUGCGGGACCGGGUACUGAAUCGCUUGUAUGCCGAGUUUACGCUUGCCGCUGCCCGUGUUGUGCCGCGUGUCGCUGCUGGCGAAGUGGCUCCGAUGAAUCCCGCGGAUGCUCCAGCUGCGCACAUGUAUCUCUACAACAAUUUGUUCGUUACUCGUGGUACCGACAGCGUCGAUAUGUAUCGAUUCCUUGGCGGAGAUGCUGCUGCUCAUGUUGCAGUGGGCAAAGACUUGCAAGGUGUGCGAAGGCUGGGUAACUUGGACAUAGAGGGCCUCAGCUUGCUCGGCACUGUUGUCAUUGACUGGCUUGGUGAGCGCUGGGUUGUUCAGACGGUGCUCCCAGGCCUGUUCCGCCAAGUAGCGGCCGAUGCAGCAGCAUCGCAGUCUGACGGAUCUACAGCGUCUCAUGUCGCGUAUGGUGGUGUGGAAGGCCCUGACACGAUCCACACAGACCCUGCCUUCCACAAGGUCUUGAGUGUCGCAGGCAAGUCACUUCAUGUGGCGGAGCACAAGAUGCGCGAUGCUCAGGGGAUGGAACAUGAGCUUUGUCUAAGUGUGGACUGCAAAGGUCUGCGCGGCACUGAUGGUCGGAUGUACUUGCUCGAUGUGUCGCGCCACACGCCCAUGGAUGUCACUUGGCUUGAUCACGACAUGGAAGGCUCGGUACUUGAAGGCACUGACACUGCUUCAUACCCUCACCGCCUUCCUCUGUUGCGCCCUGAGCUGAUCGACGCUUAUUGGGACAUGCAUCUCCAUGAGUUUGCACGUGAUAAGCUCGCGAGACAGCGGGCAUCGAAUGAAGCUUCGUCGCCAUCCACAGCGACAUCUUCCCAAGUUGACGUGUCAGACUUCUCCCUCAACUUCCACCCAGAUGCGUUCGCCGAGUUCCGCACUGGCUCAGGUGACGACGCACGUGUGAUCCAACCCGCUACGGACGAAAGUAUUCCAAGCAUCGCUGCGGUGCGAAAGGUAUCCGAGUACUUGCGCAAAGAAGUCAUUGUACGGCUGAUUAGCGACGUAGCGGCUGGUCUUACUUCUGCUGUGGAUGGCAUUGCACUUACGAACCGCAUGCAUGCUCGCGGUAUCAACAUGCGCUACUUGGGCUACAUUGCGAAUCUCAGUCAGCCAUCGCAGCGUGAUCAUUGGGACCAAUCUGUCGUAUCAAAGCUUGGUUCGGGUCAUGAGGCACUUGUUCAGGCCUUCCGUCGCGUCGUCAUACAUGAAAUGGUGGUCCGUUCCGCGAAGCAUUGUCUGCGCACAUACUUACGUGCCCUACCAUUGAUGGAAGCCGCUGCUUGUAUCGCCCACUUUGCCAACUGUUUCCUGGGCACGGAACGCGAGCCGAGCCCCGUGCCAAAGAUGCCGGAAGUUAUCCCUGCCUCUACAGCGUCCAGGUCUGAAUCUCACAAGCCAUGGAUGUCUCUCACACCUGCAAAGCUCGUUGAGGAGCUGCGCAUCGAUAUUCGAAAACGUUUCCGGUUCGAACUUCCCAUGUUCUUCCUCGAAACGGAGCUCCGGAAACCUCAGGCUCUUCGUGCACUGUGCCUAAAGAUGGGCAUCCAACUUGCUGUGCGUGAUUAUGAAUUUGAGCCGGAGGCGAAGCACGCAGAGGGCCAAGCUGCUGCACCAUCCUCCAACGCGACUAAAGAAAAAACAACUACCUCAAGUCGAUCUGGCUUGUCGAAGAAGGGCAAGCGAGCGUUUCCUCCGCCGCCUUCAAAACCAUUGCGCACAACGACCUUCGUGCCUGAGGAUGUUGUUUGCGUAUGCCCACUCGUUAAGACUUCAACUCCGAAGAGCUCGUUGUCAGAAGAUGCGUUUGAGGCAGGACGUAUUUCGUUUGUUCGUGGCGAGCGCGAAAUUGGCACAGAGCUCAUGCUUGAGAGUAUUGGUUUCUACGAACAAGUGUAUGGCCUCGUACACCCAGAAACGGGCAAGUGCUACUCAAAGUUUGCUUCGUUCUUACAUCACUACGCGGCUGAAUUUGCCAUCAAGGCCGCGAGGAAGGCUUCAGCUGAUUCAAAUCAAGGAUCGUCCUCGGAUGGCGACAGGAUUGGGACAAAUGAUGCAGGAAGUGCAGAUGGAAGUAAAACAGAACACGAUGACCAACUCCCAGAAGUUGUUAAGGAGGUAUUUACACUCGAAAAUGCUUUGCGUUUCCAGCGCCAGGCUGUCACUGUGUCGGAACGCACUCUUGGUCUCGAUCACCCAGAAACCAUGACACAAUAUAUGAACUUAGCGAUGAUGGAGCAAUCAUCUGCUAACUUGGAUGAUGCCUUGCGUUACCAGGAGCGUGUAAUGCAACUUUGGCAGCUCUUGUACGGUCGUGAUCACCCUGAUGUGGUCCAUACGCUAAGCUCCAUCGCACUCAUGCUUCAGAUGCGCCAGGACUACGAGCCGUCACUCCGGGCAUACGAGGCAUCGCAUGAUCUCGCUGUGCGUCUCUUUGGACCCAAUAGCAUCUACACUGGCAACAUGGCACAUGAACUUAGCCAGGCACUCAUUCUUAGCGGCGAUCUCAAAGCAGCUAUCCAGGUCGAAAAAGAGGCUUGGCGAAUCUUCCAAGAGCGUCUUGGAUCCGAAGAUCCACUCACAAAGGAAAGUCAGGCGCUUCUUUCUGGUCUUGCAGCUACAGCUGUUCGUGCAGCGAAGCAGCAGCAUGCGCGCGAGCUUGUGCAGACUCGGAUGCCCUCCUCUGCUCGCUCGACACGAUCAUCUGCGCAUCACCAUCACCAUCGGCACUUGCAUCAGCAACAGCAGAACUCGUCUUCAUCCCCGCACCCUAUUCCAGCAUUAGCCAACAGGUCGAUAGACGACCUUGUUGAAUAUAUUCAGGGUACGCCAGGCACUGGUAGUAGCCGUGCUGCUAGGAAGCGCGCCGCUCGUGCGAAGCGAUCAUAA